AUGGGAUCCCCACCCUCUCCUUCCUCACGGGAGAAGACCCGCCGCCUCGCCAAGAAGAAAAGGAACCUCCCCACCAGGAUCUGCCUCAGCACCUCCUCCGCCGACAGCGGCUGGUUCAGCAGCGAAGGCGCCGCCGACGAGGAAACCGAAACCCUAGUCUCCUCCUCCUCCUCGCACCAUCCGAUCCGAGAAAUGCAGCCCUUCCCCAAUUCAAACCCUAGAAACCCUCACCGACGGAGCAGGAGAUCGAGAUCAUCAUCCACGAAGCGGGCGCCGGCUGUGGAAGGGGAGACGACGCCGGCGAGGCUGUCGGUGUUCAAGAAGUUAAUAUCGUGCACGGUUGAGGGGAAGGUGAAGGAGAACUUCACGAUCGUGAAGAAGUCGGAAAAUCCGCUGGAGGAUUUCAAGAGGUCGAUGAUGGAUAUGAGAUCUGAGAUCUCAUAUUGUGAAAUGAAAUAA